AUGCUCUUCAUAUUUCUACUGGUAUUCGUCCAUACUGCUGCUCCAGUCAGCGUUACUCGCGAUUUUUCAACCACCGAAAGAGCACCUUUCUCUGCUCAGGCAGGCAUAUUUUCCGAUGAAGAAAUAGGUCCGAUGUUUUCUAUGGCACCAGACACCGAUUUCGAGGAAGCUCUAUCGGCUAUGAAGUCAACACGAGGUGGUUCGUCGAUUCUUCCUGAAGCAAAACCACCAGGCUUUGAGCCUCAGCCACCAGGUGUUGAAGAAACUCCUGAGUACAGGGAAAUGAUGAGGAAUGGAGCUUAUGCGGAAUCGAAUACUCCAGCCAAAAUAGACUAUCCGGCAACAGCCACGGUUUCUUACGAAGGACUUCCACUAAAUGACAACGCUAUUGAAUCAUUCACUAGCAAGGAUGUCACUACGGAGCAGGAAGAGUCGUCCGGGGAACAGAAAUUGACAACAAUCGCUUCACACGUAGAUGUUGAGUUUUCAUCACUCGAUUCGGAUGGGUCUGGACAAAUCGAAUUAAACAGAGGCGUUGAGAAAGUAUCGGGUGAAGUCGGGCAGUACUCCUCCUACGAAAGCCCAAAAACACUUUCUGAAGUUACUCCUUACGGUCAACAACAAACAUUAACUGUACCAGCAUAUGGUGAUCCCUCCUAUGACGGCUACGGUCAAUCGGCCGUCUCACAAUCAAUCUCAACGUCACCUGAUACUCCUUACGAUUUAGUUCCGUGGAGUACGACCACAUCGGAUUCAGAAAAUGACGGAUUUACUCAUAACGAAGCGCUGACGAACGUAUUGCACGACACAGUGCCGCAAACCACCGUACUGCCCGACACUGGAUAUGAAGGAGGAGGGCAGAGCGCUCCUCCUCCAGAAGCGAGAACUAGCGUAGGAGCGCAAUCCACAGAUAGUUCUACGAUGCAAAGUUACGAUGGAGUAGCUCAGGUAUCCAACUACGACGUAGUACCCUCGUCUAGUUAUGACGAAGCAGCACAACAUAUUACUUCAUAUGAUCUACCAUUUGCAUCCGCAGGCGAAAAUUCUAUGAGUACCAAUUCCAUCCCUUCAACUGAGAUCCAAAAGGGUCAGGAACAGCAAAAUGUUUUCCACGAUGCUGUCAAAGAGAAAUCAAAUAAUGGUCAAACAGUUCUGAACGCACCUGUUGCGAAGGAAACCUUCGGAACAAAAGAAGCAGGGAAACUAGAGAAGUACAUGGAAGACGUGGAUAAGAGAUCAACCAAAACCUCGGGGAAAGCAGCUGUAAUCGGCCCGCCAGCUGAUCGUGCACCUCCUCGACGGGGAGCGGUUGAAGGUUGUCCCGAACCAGUACUGUGUGCGAAGAACUGCUUCGUGUACAUCAACGAGAAUGGAUGUCAGGACUGUCAAUGCUUAUGGCAAGCACUCGCUUGCGAUAAUGAUAACGAUUGUCCGGAAGAGGUCCAGUACUGUGAUCUCGGAAAGUGCAACUGUAGGCCAGGCCAGCGACAAGACAUGGCACGUUCAGGAUUCUGCGAACCAGAUCCCAAAUUUAAAGGAACUUUUCCACAAGAAGGAUCAAUCCAACCUCCAGCUCCACCACCACGUACUGGUGAAGUUUCAAGGACAUUGAUAGAUCGCAGUAUCGUCAGUACUUUCCCGUAUCUACCGCCUCUCGAACCUCUUCCUAAACUCAUUGGGACCUCUUUGUUGAAUAAACCCACAGCUUCCGAAAAAAUAAACGACACAACAAAUACUGAUGAAUGGAUUAGGAGGAAAUCGAUACGAUUGGUGGAAUUCCCGAUUUCGGCCAGAUUUCUUGCUGCUCGAUCGAAAGGUAUCUCUGUACUUCCACCACUACCAUUAGGAGUCCAUCCAACAAAAGAAGAACUUAGACGUCAUAAUGAGUUCAAAAAGAACACCAAGCAAUAG